GUCUCGUUCGCCCCUCUUCCAUUUCAUCCUCGUUUUUUAAUCAUUUUCUUCAAUUAAUUUAUUGCUCCUAUAAAAAUGUAAUGUUCGAUCUCACGGUGGCACCUCUUCUCUCGUCUCUCGCCAUUAAUGGUCUCGACCUGCAACUCCAAUCCUGCCGUCUUCUGUUCUGUUCUUUUCCUCUCCUCUGCCCUUCUCGCUCGGAAUCCCUAAACCUAACCCUAAUUUGAGAAUCGAUUUUGGAAAGAUGGGCGAGGUCGCCGAGGUUUGGCGGGGCGUCUGAUCCCGCGUUUGCCGAGGUCUUCUUCGAGAAGGACCUUUGUUAAGAGUAUAAUAAAUGUGGCACUGAAGAGUUCUUAAGAUCACGGAGUGAGGAUGGGUGCAGAAAAGGGAAGAUCGAAGAGCAGCGGUUUCUUUCAUCUGUUUGAUUGGAACAGGAAGUCCCGCAAGAAAUUGUUUUCAAGUGGAACCAGUUCACCUGAGGGCUCAAAACAGGGAAAGAUAAGUGAUUGUAAUUUGCCAACAACACGAUUCCAGUUGAAUGGUGAGGAUGAGGUCAUUGGAGUAUCAAGCAUGAAAGGAAGAAUUGACUGCAGUGGCGCUUCAUCACUGACUGAGGAAGAAGGAAAUGAGAUUAGGGCCCCAGGAGUUGUGGCUAGGCUUAUGGGUUUGGACUCUUUGCCAACAUCAGGUGCUUUAGAACCCUACUCCACUCCUGGUUUUGAUUCACGAUCUCUUCGAGAUAACCAUAACCUGACAAGAAGUCCUGAAUUCUCCAUGAAUGAUCAAUUCAACCCUGCAGCCCAUAGAGCUGAGGGCUAUUUUCGGAAGCCAAUAGAAUUGCGGUCUCAAAAAAUGCCAAGCAGCCCGAUAGAGAAGUUUCAAACGGAGACAUUACCUCCAAGAUUAGCGAAGUCUCUCUCAAUAGCCCACAACAAAUUGUUGUCACCAAUUAAAAAUCCAGGGUUCGCUUCUGCUACAAAUGCAGCUCAAAUAAUGGAGGCAGCAGCCAGGAUUCUUGAGCCAGGACUUCAAGCCGGUACCAGAGGCAAAGUUUCUUCCUUAGGAUCAUCUUCAAUUCCAUUGAAGGUUCGUGAUCCAAGAGAGAGCAUGGCAGCCUCUCGGAGGACUUUAAGAUUGCUGGAAUUAUCCAGAACCACUGUUCAGUCAGCUGACGUCAGGUUUUCUGGAGGACAAUCCUUGAAUAGGGCUUGGAAAGGUUCAGAAGAUAUUGUCAUAUUUAGGUCCUCUCCAGAUCCUUGUGGAAUUAAUUCAGCUAGUGCAACAGGUAAGGGUAAGUCCAUCUCUUUAGCUAUCCAAGCCAAGGUGAAUGUCCAGCGAAGGGAAGGCUUAACUACAUCUGGUAGGAAUGCACUAACCCGGAAAGAGCAUGAUGAAUGUAAAUUAAACCAACCAUUUAAGAGCCAACCGUAUAAUCAAAAGAAUAAGCAGCAGAAAAAGCCAUCAACAGCCAAUGCUUCAGGGGUCCUGCGGCAAAAUAAUCAGAAACAAAAUUGCCAAUCCACCAAAGGCAAGUUGGCUUCAAAGCAAUCCAAUUCUAGUCAGCAGGGGAGGAAAAUUCUUUCUGGAGAUUCAUCUUCUGGAAAGCACAAGAAUGUAAAUAGGCUCUCUGGAAAUACAAAAAGUGGUUACAGGAAGGAAGUUUUAGUGACUGCUGAUGUUGAAAGGGAAGGUUCAUCAAGUAACAAGGAUUUCCCUAGAAAGAAAAGAUUGAUAGAGGGGCGUUUCAAAUCAGGGAAAAGUGGUAGCAUAGAUAACUUGUCUAUAGACAGACAUGUGAAAUUUGUUCAAUCUAAUGUUGUGAUUGAUGAAUAUUCUAGGUGGGAAGAAGAUAAUAGAAAUGCCAUGGAUGUUGUAUCCUUUACAUUCACAUCCCCCUUGAUCAAACAAUUGCCUGGAUCUCAACCUUCCAUUCCGGUGGUUGAAAAGGAGGAUAAAAAUAGUGGGCACUGUUUUGAUUCUUGCAGUGAAAAGGAUGCUUCAGAUGCCAAGAGUAAAAGAUUAACGUCGCUAGGAUUGAAUGUUAUAACGGGUGAUGCUUUGAGUCUUCUUUUAGAGCAGAAACUGAGAGAACUGACAUCUGGGCUGGAACCUUCCAGUAACUUUCUCAGAGGAGGGAGUUUUGCAGCUUCUACUCCUCUUCUGCAAGAAUCAAAGUCUGCUUACAAUACUGAGGCAACACAAUAUCAGGAGUUCUUACUUAGGCAUUGCAAUGAUAAAGCUGAUGGCAUAUCUGAUUCUAACUGUUCUUCAACUAAUAAUCAGAUGUUUGAGAUGAGCCAUAAGCUGCGGAUACCAGAGGAGUUGGAUUGUAUCAGCAGCAGCACUUCCCGGAAGGAAUCAGACCACCAGCAUCCAAGUCCUCUUUCCAUAUUUGAUGCCUCCUUUUCGAAUCAAACUUGCAACUCACCGGAGAGCUCUGGCAGCACUGCUGGAAGCAAGCUGUGUUCAUCUUAUGUCCAAGCUCGUAAUGUUGCUCCCCUGAGUUGCUCAAACAAAAUUUCAUCAAUGGAAGCUGAUAUGGAGUUAACGGAUUCAGCCUCCUAUGCCUUUAUUGAUUUGGAUGCAUUAGAAAUUGGCAGCGCUAGUCUAUUGAAAGUGAACAGCAAGGAUAUGGAUUACGUGAGGGAGAUAUUAUGCAGCAGAGGGUUGUCAAAGGAUUUAAGCUCAUGUUGUUUAAAUGAUGCUGGUGAGAUCUUGGAUUCCCUUCUUUUCAAUAAGUUGGAAAAUAAGAGAAGUAGGUCCAUACUUAAAGGGGAUGACAAAUAUGGUAGGGCGAGGAGGAAGGUCUUGUUUGAUUGCAUGAAUGAAUGCUUGGAAUUGAAAUGUAGCAGUUACUUCCGGGCAGGAUAUCGUGCAUGGAGCAGAGGUUUGGCAGUCAUUGGAAAGGAUCUGGCAGAAGAGUUUUAUGAGGAGAUUUUGAGGUGGAAGAGCAUGGGAGACUCUAUGGUGGAUGAGCUUGUGGACAAAGACAUGAGUACUCACUUGGGUAGAUGGGUGGAUUUUGAGAUUGAGGUAUUCGAUACGGGAGUAGAGCUCGAGGGAGAGAUACUAAGCUCCUUGGUUGAUGAAGUGGUUACUGAUUUAUACACCAAAGGGUAGUAUGUUUGCUUUUGUCUGCAUGGAGUAUGUCUACUUUGUUCUCUAAUGUAAGUUGAUGUCUACAUUUUUUCCCCUUCUCUUUCAAUUUGUGUUCCAUAUCUUUUUCUUCCUUGAAUUAUGUCCAUUGUAAAGUUAGUAUUAGAUGCUACAUUUGUGGUUCGUCAUAAUGAUCAGAUGUAAAUGUUUAGUUUGGACAAAAACUUAGUUUGCUGAUUGUGCAUUUUUUGCUUUGGUAA